AUGCCAAACAUAACGAUACUAUCUGGAGGAACAGCCACCAACGAAUUAACUCCAAUAUUUACAAAUUUAUCAAAUAGUAAUUCCACAUCAUACAUAAUUCCAAUAUCAGAUAAUGGAGGAUCAACAGCAGAAAUUAUAAGAGUAAUUGGAGGACCAGCCAUCGGAGAUAUUAGAUCACGGUUAACAAGAUUAAUACCAUUACAUCAAGAACAUAUUAAAGAAUUGUUAAGCUUUAGACUAUCACUGGACCCCAUAAUCGCAAAGCAACAAUGGAAUUCUAUAGUUGAAGGAACUUCUGAAUUAUGGAAUAAAAUAAAUUCAAGUACUAAAGAAAUUUUUAGAAGUUUUUUUGUUCAUUUACAUGUUGAAUUAUUAAAAAGAUCAAGAAUUAAUUUAUCUACUAAAAGACAAUUUCGAUAUGAAUUAGCAAAUGUAGGGAAUUUAUUUUUAACUGGUGCAAGAUUAUUCAUUGGCUCCUUAGAUUCAGCUAUAGAAUUAUUUUGUAAAUUAACUGAUAUAAAUUCAAAUAUUCAAGUAUUACCAUGUAUAAACACAAAUUUCACAUAUCAUAUAAGUGCAUUACUACAAAACGGAUUGAUUAUUACCGGUCAAUCACAAAUAUCACAUCCUUCAGAAAGUCCAAUUGAUAAUCAUCCUCCACCUAUUGAUAAAACUCGUCCACCUACUCCCAAUGAUGAUCUUUCAAGAACUAAUUAUUUUAUGGAUUCAGAUGUAAAUAAUAUUAUUAUUAAUGAAGUUGAAAUGAGUAAAUUACAUAAUAGUCAAAGUUCAGAAUCUUUAUCGAGUACUCCCAUCUCAGAUGAUUCAGAUGAAGAAGAAUCAAGUAAUGCUCCACAAUACAUUCAUCCAGAAUUGAAAAAAUCUCAACUACAUUUUAAUAAAUCAGAAAAUAUAGAACCUUUAUUAUCACCAAUUAAAAGAAUAUUUUAUAUAUCACCUUACGGAGAAGAAAUAUGUCCCACUGCUAACUCAAGAGUAAUUUCAACAAUCACAAAUACAGAUACAUUAAUAUAUUCAAUUGGUUCAUUGAUGACUAGUAUAGUUCCAAUUUUAGUAUUAAGAGGAAUAGGAAAAGCAAUAACAACAAGUUUAAAAUGUAAAAAUAAAUUACUUUUAUUAAAUGGAUGUUUAGAUCGAGAAACAUUUGGAAUGACUGCAUAUGAUUUUAUAAAAGUUAUAAUUGAAUCUACUGAAUAUUCUUUAAAAAAUCAACAUGAUAAUCAUGAUCAUAAGGAAUUAAAAUGGGAUAAAGUUAUUACUCAUUUAAUUUACAUGAAAGAUCCAAAAAUUGAAAUUGAUUUUGAACUUCUUGAAGCACAAGGUAUUAAAUGUAUUGAAAUUAAAAGAGCUGAAUUGGGUGAUUGUUUCGACUUGCAAGAUUUGGAGAAACAAUUAAGCAAAAUCAUAUAA